GUCUUCUGGUGCAACCUGUAGUUGGCGCACUUUCAGAUAAUUCAACUUCAAAAUAUGGUCGUCGGAGGCCUUAUAUUGUUGUUGGGAGUCUUGCUGUUGUGCUUUCUUUCGUAUCUAUUGGUUGGACAAGAGAAAUUAUAGACUUGUUUAUCACUGAUGAUAAAACAGCUAAAACCGCUGCUAUAUUCUUGGCUGUUUUUUCCCUUUAUGUUCUUGAUUUUGCCAUUAAUGCUGUUAUGGCAGGUUGUCGAGCUUUAAUCGUUGAUUCUUUGCCACCUUCACAACAAGAGGAAGGUACGGCAUGGGCCGGUAAAAUGGUGGGAAUAGGAAGUGUCGUGGGUUAUUUUAU